AUGCCUCGCAACUUCCGCGAAAAGGUCGACGUGACCAAGGAUAUCAAGGGGAUCUUGGAAGCUUACCCGUAUGGCAAUGGGAUUCUGCGCGAGCUAUUGCAGAACUCAGACGACGCAGGGGCACGUUCGCAGAUCUUCAUUCUUGACACUCGAAAUCACCCAUGCGCGACCCUCGUUGACAAGGAGUUGAUUGCCUCGCAAGGUCCAGCGCUCGUCGCCAUCAACGAUACACUGUUCUCCGAGGCUGAUUGGCAAGCUCUGAGCAAUCUGCGAAGCUCGAGCAAAGUAGCCGAUGAAACGCACGACUUUCCUCUGUUCUUUAUGUCUAUGCUGAUGAUGACGCAGGAAGACUGGCAGGUUCGGGAUUGGAGUCAGAGCUUGUUACCAUGUCAGUCUUCCAUACCAGUGCUCAAUGGCUAUUUACGGACGGCGCUUCUACAGGUCACCGAUAACCCCCACUUUCUUUCCGGGCGCACACUUGUCAUCUUCGACCCGCACCAUCGAUUUUCCGGAGAGAACAGUGGGGGUGUCAGGCUUGACGCUGUGACCGAACGAACGACAUAUCCCGACCAAUUCAGGCCGUUUGACGACUGCGACUCGGAAGGAGCUUUUGACGGUACCAUUGUGCGGUUACCGCUGCGAGACAAUGGAGCGAGGAGCAAGAUCAAAACCGAGCGGGUCACUGUGGACGAAAUCCGAUCGCUGUUCGAUAGUUUCGUCAAGCAAGAACUGAGCACGGUGAUGCUCUUCCUCAAGCACAUUCUUUCAAUCACCUUGAAAGUUGUACUCCCUGAUGGCAGCGAGGAGCUUGUUGGCCGGGCAGAGGUUGUUCUGAAUGCAGAGGAUAUCGUUAAGCGUGAGUUUUUGGUCGAAGAGGAUGAACGUACCGCGUCGUUUCACUGCGCGAUUCGGGUGGAUGUCCCCCAAUCCUCGUCCAAUUCCCAGACUUGGCAUGUCUUGCAUUCAGCCCGAGAUAGAGCGUCGACCGCUUCGUUGAUUGGCGCCAAGCUCGGGUACGACGUAGAAGAAAAGCUGCGGGCCGACAAACUGUUCGCGCAUGUCGCACUCGCGUUCCCGGUCUCUCUCUCUGACGGAUUCCGUGGCCGCCUGUUCACCCUUCUCCCGCUGCCCAUAUACACCGAGUUCCCGAUGCAUGUCCAUGCCAUCUUCACAUUGACUCAGGACCGUCAGAGCCUGCGGAACAUCAACGAAACCGGCAGAUUACUCGUUACCUGGAACCGAAUGAUCUUUGACCAGCUCUUACCGGAUGCAUGGGCUUCGUUCCUGCUGCAGGCAACAUCCGCUGGGUGGUGGGCCUGGCCGCCAGCGGCAACACUUUCGGAAUACUGGGCUCAGAUCUUGCCUAAUCUGAUCCGAGUGGUGCUGGCCCAGGAUAUGUCAAUCUUCCCUCAGCCAGAUGCAGUCAACGUACCUCUCUCGGCGGCUCUGCUCGCUUUGAACGAUGCGGAUCCGGGUGUUUUGAUGGUCCUCAGGGAACUCGGUAUCUGUAUCGUCCAGCCACCGCAGUACAUCACGGAGCAGAUAUUUGCCAUCGAACCGGGCGCCACUAGGAUGACUCCCACCACUAACAAUCUACAAAGUCUUGCUCAAGUUUCCGAAGCAAAGAAAGACCACCUCUUGCGAUAUCUUGUCGAAUCACCAGGGUCACCCGCCUGCAUCUUUGGGCUCCCUCUUCUUCCAUCAUUCGACGGCCCGCGGGUGUCGUUGAUGCCAAAGCAACCCUACGUGCUGGUCGAUGCUCAAGCAGGCCAGCUUUUCGGCGAUUCCAGUGUCAACGGUUCAUUGAUCGCACUGGAACGGCUGCCCGUUGGUGUCGACCAAUUCACUUUGUUUCCUGGGCUCAACUUCUCGCGAUUUGGUCUUGCUCAAGUCCAGGUUCAUCUGCAAGGAUCGGAGUAUUAUCGUUCUGCUUCUGACGAAGCAAUCUGCACCGACGCGCAAAGGAUUUGGCUGCUCAAGUUCUGGCAAUGGUUGGCCUCAUCCCCCAUAUAUCGAUCUUCCUGGCAGAUCCUCUCGCGCUUUCACCUGCUCCCCACCACCCGCAGCACUCUUCGACGACUCGACUCUCUUGUUCUCUCACCCAUGAAAGAUUCGGGAACCCAGUGUGCCUGGGAAAACCUUGGUGUACCGUUCUUGGAUCCUAGCUUUGCAGACUGUGUCGUCGAGGCUGCCCUUGCUGACACGGAAGACGUCAAGUUCAUGCUGGAGUGCAUCACGGUCGAUCCAUCGGCUUUGUCGACCGAUCAACUCGGACUAAUCCGGGAGCAUCUCACCGUUUGCCUCCGGACUGGUCGCAAAAUCUCUCUCGAGACAAGGACGCGCGAAGUUUAUCGCCAACUGCCGAUCUUUCCGACCCGAGUUCCACACGAAGGCGCAUACCCAAGAUCACAAGUUGUCUAUGGGGCCGUGGCCUCGACCGUGAUCUGUGUGGCUAUCGAGGACUCGCAUGCGAUCCCUUUCCCAGAGGCAGACUCUACUUUCGUCGACGCCACACAUCGUAGCAGGAGUCUUGUCGCUCUUCUCGACGCUCCCACCUUCAGUGCGCCGUUGUCUGAAUGCGGCGUCCUGGAGAUGUGCAUACUCCAAGAACAACUUGUGAACCAGCCCCCAUCCAUCUUGAAUACCCUUCUAGAUCGUAUCGUGCAUCGCCUGUCUGAUCUGUCCGAUGCAGCCAAAGAACGACUCAAGAACACCCCAUUCGUCACCGUUGAUGGUGUGUCCCAGCGCAUGGCACCCAAAGACCUGAUUCAUCCACGGUCGCCCUUGGCUCAGCUGUAUUCAGGCGAGCCAGGGAGGCUGCCGUCCGGGAAAUGGGCUUCCGGCAUCUAUCUCACUCAAAUCACAAGCCACGUGCCGUUCCAGUCCAGUCUGACCCGGGACAUGAUUGAGGAACGGAUUGCCUUCGUGGCAGAGAAGGGGGAUCCCGUCAAAGCGAGGCAUCUCCUUGCCCUGGUGGAUCAGGAAUGGUCAUCUCUCAGUGCAGACGACUUGAUCGUCCGAUCCCGCGACGUGUGUUGGAUCCCUUCCCAGUUCGGAGUGGAUGGGCUAGUGACACUGGAGGCGCCUCCAAAGUGUCGCGGCCACGGGGAUGAUCGACACCUUUUCGACUUGGUACUGCACACGAGCGAUGCAGACCCCAUCAAGAGUCCGGCAUUGCGCCAGGCAUUGGGUUGGGGCCGCGUGGUUCCUGUCGAUGUUUUGAGACAACAGUUGGAGAAGACUCUCGAUCUGAAGGACGCGAGGACCGCAACGCGCAUGCGGGCUCUCAUUUUGGCGUUUGCGGAUGUCCACGCCGACGAAUGUCCCGCAGCCAUCUUGCAGUCUAUCGUCGCGGGGCGGCCUUGGAUCCCGGUGCGAGAUGAGCUGAUUGAGACGAGGCAUGCGUUAUUGGAGCGGGCGUCUCGGCUAGAUCGAAUCGGCGGGUUUCGCGUUUUGCCGAGAACGUUUUCGGACGAUGCCAAUGUGGUGGCGUUCUUGAAGAGGAUGGGGUGCGAUGCCACGCCGAGUCUCGAAACGCUCCUGUCCGAGCUACAUUUGGGUGUCUCCGCGAUAUCUCUCUUGCAGGCGAUCGCCCCGUUACUUGUUGACUGCUCAGCGGCUGAAUUCGGGAGGGUCGUUGUCCCAGACGAUCAAGGAUCCCUGCGUCCGAUCGUAGAGCUGUACUAUCCCGAUACUACCUCCGAUCCUCUCAUGCUCCUUGAGCGAUUCCCAACCCAUGCGAGCAUAUCCAAAUCCGAUGCGGUCUCGUUGAGAAUCCCGUUUCUGAGUGCACUGCAUCUGGACGGAGACGAGGGCGAGGACGAGGACGAAGAUCAAAUGGGAGAAGACCUGACCACGCGGGUCUCCAACAUCCUCAAGGACUAUGCGAUCAACUACGCCUUGAACGAGUUCCUCGCCAAUGCUAUCGACGCGCAUGCCACCCAGUUCUCACUGCUGCUGGAUGGAGGCUCGUACGAGGACGCGCGCGUGAUUGCUCCCGGCUUGGCGGAUCUGCAGACACGACCGGCGCUGAUUCUGUGGAACGACGCCGUGUUCGAUGCAUCUGACUUCGCUGGGAUCAGGAAGGUCGGACAGGGAGGCAAGACGGACAAUCCGCACAGCAUCGGUCGGUUCGGACUCGGUGCGCUCAGCCUGUUCCAUUUCGGGGACAUAGUGCAGAUCGUGUCUGGGAAGAGUCUGCUUGUGCUUGACCCGACGGGGCGGUACUUGCCUCCGCUGAAAAAGAGCGGAAAACCCCGCACGGCGCUGCUUCGAUCGCUGAGUGAUGUAGCGAGAAGGUGGCCGGAUCAGUUGGCCCCGUUCGAAGGAGUGAAUGGGUUCAAGAUAGAGAACUUGGAGUAUCGUGGGACGUUGUUCAGAAUAGCACUGCGCACAUCGAGCAGUGCGCUGGCCGUAAAACCGGUCUCCAGUUCUCAGUGCUUGAACUUGAUCACCGCAAACUACUUUCAGCUCGCCAGGGAUGCUAUGUAUUUCACACCUCUGGUGCGAAUACAGGCCUCGAAGAAAGCGCCGGGCAAAGUGUCAGCGCUGUGGGAAGUCUCUGCCAGGAGAAACCCACUGGUGGCUCAAGACACCAAUCACGAGCACCAGAUUCUCACAGUCCAAGCGAGCAAGCAUGCCACACAACACUGGGUUGUCUCGAAGUCUGUGACGUCCCUAUCCGACGUUCCUCCUGAGCACAUGCCGUCCGUCACACGCAAGGCGGAUCUGGUAGUGCAGAUGGCUAUGAAGCUCCCCAAUCGCGCGUUGAGCGAUGGACGCCAGCACAAGCGAGCACUGUUCUCAUCCCUCUCGCUACCCAUCGAGACGUCUCUUUCCGCCCACAUCUCAGCUCCUUUCGCACUGUCCCCAGAUCGCAGGAACAUUCGGUUCGAGCCUGCCGAUGGAUCGGGGCGGAGAGUCCCUGAUGCAGCGUAUAAUGUGUGGAUCCUGCGCGAGCUGGUGCCGCGAGUCCAUCUUGCGCUCGUUCAUUGCGCAACGGAUGCAGCCACCCGGAAAGUCGUCGCGGACUUGGGACCAAGCUUCUCGCCGUUCCAGUGGUGGCCGGUCCGUCCCAGCUCCAAUGGUGGUGUCUCGCACGAUUCGAUCUCGCGCCUGGUCGUGGAGGGAUUCUACAGACAUGCCUGGGACUGCGAGUUGCCGAUAUGCAAGAUCGUCAGCGGCGAACUGGCACCUCCCAAAGAGAUCCUCGUCAUGCCAGCUGGCAGCUGGACUGUCGGAGACGUCCUCGAGAAGCUCAUGAGAGGGAAGCCGGGAUCCCGAUUCGCUGUGCCGCCCACUGAAGUGCACCGCCUGUUCCUGCUUGCCAAAAAGGACAGCGCCCAGUCCAAGAAUCUGGUCGAUUCGUCCUUUGUCAAGGCUGCACUCGAGACUCACGGGGAAAAGCUGGUCGAGUUGUAUGAGAAAGGGGAGCACGGGAUCACCACGGCGGCUGUCCACGCGAUGGUCUUGUUUCUUGGAUCUGUGUCGAUUCAAGGACUCCCCUUGCUGGCCCUGGCUUCCCCAGGCCGCCGCUUAGUCUGUCCUGAUCCCGCGGUCGUCCGUUACAUCCAUCACGCCCCGGGGGCCUAUACGGGACUCUUCUCACCCGAGACGUUUCUCGAUCCUGUGUCGAGCGAGGUGCGGGAUCUGCUGCUGAGUGGUGUGAGCGAUGCCAACGUCAAGCUUUUUGAUGCCGCGGGCGAUUGGAUCGCUCGCUUCUGGGAUGUCUAUCCGACACUUCCGGGUCCUCCGGCGCAAACAUCGUUUGCUGACCUGCCGCUGAUCUCGACCAACGAGGCAGACCAGUUUCUGUCCGAGUCGUUCUGCCAGUCGAAUGAUCGCGUGUUUUCUUAUCCUGUGAAGGAGGCCCCGGCUUUGUUGGCUGUGAUGGGGAAACUGGGGAUGUUGUUUUGUAUCAAGGCGUCAAUUGUCAAACCAUUCGACAUCAACACAUUCUUGGAAGCGGUCAGGACCACACGCGAACCACUUUCGGCGCUGGAUUCCGAGGAGGUGCAGAAGGUCGCGCAGUGGCUCACGCUGCAUCUGAGCCAAUGCACGGGCUCGGUUCGCACUGUGCUCGCCGGCCUGCCCAUCUGGAUUGCACGUGAUCGCUGGACGGUGGUCAAAUCGGCGGCGGAUACGUGUCUGCUGAUGCUCCCCAGAGGAGUGCACCCGGGUUCGUUCAACCGUUAUGUUCGCAGUGGAGUCGCUCUGGCCGGGUAUAGCCCGGCGUUGCAUACUGUGCUGCAGUGGUGUCGCAAGAGCCCCAGCGGUGCGGUGGAUCGGGAAUCUCUUCUAAGAGCACUGCAGCUUCCGACUGCCCUGCACAGCCCCGGUGAUGUCGAAGCGUACCGCGAACUACUGAAGGCGUUCCUCGAUGUCUCAUCCAAGUCGUCAGCGAUGGCAAUGAUACCCAUCCCCGCUGGUGACCUCCAGCUGCGGACCGUCGACAGUCUGUACGACAACGAGGUGGAGCUAUUCGCCGGGGCCCUGCGAAGCCAGAGUCAGAGCCUGUUCGUGCACCCCUCGUUUCGCCAGUUUCAGGACCGACUGGCGCUGCGCCGCGAACCAGUUGACCGGGAUGCGUUUCUGCUGUGUGCGAGGACCGUGCACGAAGACCUGACAGAGCGUGGUCUGGCUGAAGACGAGGUUCUGGAGCGCGCUAAUCUCGUGUGGGCGUUCUAUUCGGCCCACGAAUCGAGGCUGGGUGUGUCGCCCGGGUCAUGGGAGUCGUCUGAUCGGCUGCGUUUCGUGGUGCGGGCCGAGACGCGUUCCACGUCGUCCACGUUCCCGGUGCUGGACCAAUAUCUAGACGACAAAGAUCCCCACAGGAUUGUGUCCCCAAAUGAGCUGCUGAAGGCGGAGUACGAGCCGAUCGCUUGGACGCAGCGGGUGUUGUUCAGGGAAGAACCGAGCUGGCAGCUGACAAGGCUGAAUCCCUCACUCGGGGUGCCGUCUGUUGAGCAAGUGGUCAAGCAUCUCCGGGUGCUAGCGCUAGAAAUCGCACCCCAUCAUGAACACAACCGCUCCCUCCUCGCGCAGAUCCGCAGCACAUACAAGUGGCUGAACUCUCACUGCACUUCUGCGCGGGAGUAUCUGGUGCAGCACGAGCAGGACGCCCUAUUCCUGAACGUCGCAGAUCCAGAGGACAGAUCCGAGUCCUGGCACUGGCGCAGCGCCGCACAGCUGGUGUUCGACAUCCCGCGGGACUUCCCGAAUUCGUUCCGUGUGCUCGAGUUUCUGCUGGAGUGGCGGGUGCUGGUCGUCGCUGCGGGAGGGAGUGUCGAGCGCGACGUGGAGGAGGAUCCCUCCCUCCUGGACGACGACGAGGGCGCAGAUGGCGGCGAUGCGCUGCGGCGUGCGUUUGACGGCAUGCGGCAGAGCGGGGAGCUGUGUGAUAUGUGGCUGGUGCCGACGGAUGACGCAAGCGCCACGGACGAGCCCGACGAUGAGCUUCGUGUGCAUUCGGCGUUCCUGGCUGCUGCGAUCCCGCAUGUCAAGAUCGGGCUGCUGGGUUGGAGCGAGGGAGUGAGCAGAGUGUAUGAGUUUCCUGGGACGCGAUUCGGUGCGCUUGCGCUUAUCGAAUUCAUCUACACUGGCCAGAUCUCACAUGUCGUAGCCUCCUGUGACGGAGAAGCAAUAUUGCUGGUAGAAAAUUUGCUCGCGCUUCUCUCCGUUGCCGACCUGUGGGACAUGCCACAGUUGAAGGCGGAGGUGAUGCGUAUCGUCCGGGCCAACAAGCUGCUUUCGCGAGAUACGUAUGCACGGAUUCACGAGGCAGCGGAGGAUUCUCGGGACGAGCGGCUGGUGUCAUAUUGUGAGAAGUGGAGGGAGAUCAAUCCGAACGCAGUGUUGCAGCUAUGAAAAUGUCUGAUUUCCGGGACUGCUUUCAAGUUUAGGUUGGAAGGCUGACGCGGUCACUCGACUCUCUUGUGGAUCUUGCGACUGAGACCAGGCGUGGAUGUUUGUAGUAUGCUUGGCAUCCAUUCCAACGUCCAUUAGAUUACAACGCACAUAUUCCACAUCACAUACAACUGCGCAUUUCUGUUCCGCCGCUUGAGCAGCGAUCCAACUCGAAUCUGGUGUCCUGCGUUUCUUCGUGACCUUGGCAUCGUUCUGUAAAGUCGCUUCGGCCCGGCGGCGGGAGUCUGGCCGCUCGUCGUUUACGUUCGUUCGCAGUCCCAGCAGCGUAGGCACUACCACCACUGGACACGCCGGUAUCGGUGCUAGCAAGUGACAUACCGGAGCCUGCGCCGCUACCAGAUCGCUCAGGGACGCGCACAGUAGAGCGACCACCGGUGCCACUGCGACCGCCGAGUCUGGUGCGACUGCCGCCCGAGACACCGCUCGUAGCACGAGCUCCAUCGAAACCGGCAUGGGAGUCGGCGAUGCUCUGUGGUGCAGAAUACGGGACGCUGCCGUCGUCGGUGGGUUGGACCAUAUCGUUCCAGCUCGCGAGGCAGCCGGUGAACUCUACGACGACCUUCAAGGGGCUCAUUUUCGUGGACGUCUGAACGGGGGCGGCCGUCACCGGCUCCGGGGGCAGCGUGAAGCCAAACAAACAGAGUGUGCUGACCGGUCGAGCAGUGCUUCCUAGCUCCAUCCAGUGUGUAUUGUGCAGAAACCACCAUUUCCUGACGAAUCUUGGUGUCUCCACCUCGGGUUUGGGCAUGGUGCUCAACAUCUCCUCGACACUAAUCAUACCAUGAAAAUACUUGUCGAUCGUGUUGUCCCAAACUUGAAGGCUGUUCCCAUCGUCUACGCGACGAGAUUCGUGCGUAUUUUGAAUGGAGCGAUGGCCCGAGCCAGGCUUCGACCCGCGCGACGAUAACGGACAUACAAACAGCGCCGAAAGGGUUUUGCGGGGUAGCUGGGCGGACGGGAGGGCUUUCACCCUCAGGCUGCUCAACGAGAUCAGGGUUCAUGAGAAAAAAGAGCGAGCGAAGAUAAACACAUCAGUCGCGGUUUUAUAUGGAUCUACGCGGCCAGAUCGGACCAAUCAUGCAGGGAGAGCGACGCGCUUUCAGUACGGCGGUUGUUCAGAAGAAGCAAGGCCAGAUGUCUCACGUGCUUUCGGCGUGACUGAUCUACUCAUCCAAUCAGGGUCGAGAGCACUUCCAGAGGGACCGGAGCCAAAGUUGUGAUCUGGCUGACACCGACGAGGGGAAGGUAGGCUAUGACGUCUCAGAGCUGGGCGCCGGCAAAAAGGUUCUGUCGGUGGCACUGGGCAGAGGUUUAGCUGAGCGAAGGAUGGACGUCGAACAGUGUCACCAUGACUCGUCUCGUCACGGCCUCACGCACAUAGGCCCGUUCUCUUCUUCCACUCUCGAGACACACACGCCGCCAUGUACAGAUGAUAAGAAAGCAGUGGUGCCAGACCCAUGUUGGAGAUGGCUGGAAAUACUAGAGACCGACCCGAGUUCACUUUUAACGACUUGCAAGUUGCUGCCCGCCUCGAACGAGGCACAUCAUCCGACUAUCAAGGCUGAAACUUCUGCCCUGUUCUCUGACCCCUUCGGGGUGUCAUACGAAAAAUUGGAACGAUACAGAGAAGAUUAGCAUGGCCCCUGCACAAGGAU